AUGGCCGACGCUCUCAAAGCCAAAGGCAACGCUGCUUUCGGCGCGCAGAAGUGGAAGGACGCGAUUAGCUGGUGGACCAAGGCGAUCAAGCUUGAGACGGACGACGUCGCGCUCGCCUCGCUCUACUCGAACCGCUCGGCCGCCCAUCUCAAGGUUGACAAGUACGACGAGGCGCUGCAGGACGCCGAGUCGGCUGUGCUGAAGCGGCCGACAUGGAGCAAGGCGCUGGCACGCAUGGCCGAAGUCUACGCCCGCCAGCAGGUCUUCGACAGGUCGCAGCAGUGCUACGAACGCGCUAUCCAGCUCGCCGAAGACGAUGCGGCUCGCAAGCGUUACGAGGCGUCGCUAGCGACGACUCAGGCUGCGGAGAAGAAGGCGGAGGAGAAGAACGCGCAGCCUCAACGACCGGUUCGUGCCGGGACCUUCGACGACUUUUACUUGGCCAAGAUCAGGCUCACUCAGUUCAGGGGGGAGUACGUACUCCCGCCUGAAGGUGGAGUCGCCCUGGCAGUCUAUGCGGCAGAUGCCUGCCACGAAGGCAUGCUUCAGGUGGACCAGAACCUCGUCAAGGUCUCGGACUCGCAGUCCCACUUCACGCCUUUCACCGAUGCGCUGGCAAAUUUGUGCGACUGCUUCAUCACGGACCGGUCAGGCUUCUACCUGCGUCCUGGACGAGACCCGAGCUUCCCAACUGAGCGAAAGAUCGAGGAGAUCAUCAAGGGCGAGCUCAACGAGGCGCGGUGCACGAAAUACUUCACCAACGCAAUCUGGUCUGCCCGAGCUAUCAUCGCCGACCUGGACCGGCGUCUCGCGACCGAGGGUCGCGACGCCAUCCGCAGAGCGGUCUCAACCAUCAUCCGCGGCCGAAUCGUCUCGGCGGGAAUGCUGGCACUCGGCGAGAAGGAUCGUGGCGCGGAGGUGCGCGAGUUGAAGCUGGCGCUGGCGCUGCUGGAGGAAGGGAACCGCGUGUGGGCGAACGUGCCGUACAAGGAGAAGGGCAACACCUUCCGCUCAACCUUCGUCCGCAACGUCCGCGUCACGCUUCUCAAGGCUCUUCUAGCCGCGCACCGAGACCUCAAGACUGCAGCGGCGCGGCGCGUGUACAAGCUCGAGCACAUCGAGGAGCUCGCGAACCAGGUCAUCCAGGAACACCCGCCCGAACAAUGGAUUCCUCGAGACGGCACCGUGAUGCGGGUCGCUUACUCGGCUUUCCCCGUGUGGGAAGCCUACAACGCCCUCGCCUACGUCUGGUCUGAACGCGCCAACCCACGGCUGCAAGACCCACCCCCCGGCACACUCGUCUUCACCGACCUCGACGCCUCCAAACGCGCUGCCGAGUACUACGACAAAUGCGCGUCGAUCAUAGCUUCCGAAGCGCCGGAUUGGCAUCAGCGCAGGUUUGUGCUUUGGCUUGCGCUGUAUUGGAGAUUGAGGGCGGGAGGGUUGACGGUGAGGGAGUUAAGGGCGAGGGUCAAUACGGCGAGGGAGGUGUCGCUCGAAGCGGAGCGGUUCUUUCCGCUAGAGUCGGAAGAGCAGUACGGCGAGUCGCGCAAGUUCACCGGUAUGCAGCUGGACAGCAUCAACCGCACGAUGCGCGACCCGCCUCCUCAGAUGACAGUCGCCGCGCGUCAAAAAGGCGAUCGGGCGACUCUCAAGCCUGUGCCGACGAUGAACGGGAAGGGGAUGACGCAGGAGGAGAUGGUUAGGGUUGUCGAGGAGAGCGAGUUGAUGAGCUUGGAGGGGGAUAUUGAUUCGGUAGACUGCUGGGCUUAG